CAUCGUCGUGCAAGUUGGCUCGUACAUUUUCCCCCGUCAGCACGCCUCUGCAGAAAUCGAACGGGUCGACCAUCAAUCCUCACCCAACGACUUCUAACCCACAGCAGCAACCAUGCCUCCCAAGUCCGGAAAGAAGGCCGCCCCGGCCCCCUUCGGUGCCUCCAAGUCUGGCAAGAAGGCUGCCAAGAACCCUCUCCUCGAGAAGCGCACCCGCAACUAUGGCAUCGGCCAGGACAUCCAGCCCCGCCGCAACCUCUCCCGCAUGGUGAAGUGGCCCGAGUACGUCCGCCUCCAGCGCCAGCGCAAGAUCAUCAACCUGCGCCUGAAGGUUCCCCCGGCGAUCGCCCAGUUCCAGCACGUCCUGGACCGCAACACUGCCGCCCAGGCUUUCAAGCUCCUCAACAAGUACCGCCCUGAGACCAAGGCCGAGAAGAAGGAGCGUCUCGUCAAGGAGGCUACCGCCGUCAAGGACGGCAAGAAGAAGGAGGACGUCAGCAAGAAGCCCUACACUGUCAAGUACGGUCUCAACCACGUCGUUGGCCUCAUUGAGAACAAGAAGGCCUCGCUCGUCCUGAUCCCCAACGAUGUCGACCCCAUUGAGCUCGUCAUCUUCCUGCCCGCUCUCUGCCGCAAGAUGGGUGUCCCCUACGCCAUCAUUAAGGGCAAGGCCCGCCUCGGCACGGUCGUCCACAAGAAGACCGCCGCUGUCCUCGCCAUCACCGAGGUCCGCUCCGAGGACAAGAGCGAGCUCUCCAAGCUCGUCAGCGCUGUCAAGGACGGCUACCUCGCCAACAGCGAGAACGCCCGCAGACAGUGGGGUGGCGGCAUCAUGGGUGCCAAGGCCAACCACCGCAUCGAGAAGAAGAGGAAGGCUAUCGAGAACGCCACCAAGAUCUAAACAUGGCCCGUAGCGCUUGACAAGGUUGAAAAAAAGAAAGAAACAAUAAUGUCUCGACGUCACGGUCAUUGGUCACGGAUGAAUGGAGUUAUCUAGCUUUUUGCACAGUUCCGGCGUUUGGCGGGGUUCAAAAUUUCGGGAAUACCAACGUUACAUGGAUUUGCAUGAACAGCAGCUACUCCCUCCGCUCUCGAGAGAGGCCACCUCUGACCUAUAAAAAUGUGACUGCAUGAUACCACCUAUAUAUUGACUCCCCAAC